UGACCGCGCGUCGCGUUGCGUGUGUUCUCAUCCACACGUCGCGUAUAUCGCGUUACCACCAGCCAUGGUCUCCGUGGGUGCGUGGAGGCGCCGCUCGCCUGAUGAUUGCGAGGAACGCUCUGAACCCGGCACCUCCAGUUCCGGAGUUCCCCGUGCGCCACCAAAUUGCGCCAGGUGCCGGAACCAUCGGCUCAAGAUCGAGCUGAAGGGUCACAAACGCUACUGCAAAUAUCGCUACUGCAAUUGUGAGAAAUGCCGUCUGACGGCCGACAGACAGCGCGUCAUGGCGCUGCAAACGGCUUUAAGACGUGCUCAGGCGCAAGACGAAGCUAGAGCGCGGGCUAUAGAGACCGGCGGUCCCCCGCCCGGGCUAGAAUUGGAUAGACCGGAGCCGCCGAUAGUGAAAGCUCCGAGGAGCCCAGUGGUUCCCGCCCCGCGGUCUAUAGGCUCGAGUAGUUCAGUGGGUUCGGUGCCGGGUUCCCCGGGAGUGUCGCCGCACGUGCACGCGCCUGUUCCUCAAGUUCCUCCGCAGCCAACUAUGCCACCGCUUCUCCCGCCACAGCAGCCCGCGUUAUCAUUAGAACCACUGGUGGAGAACUGUCAUAAGCUGUUAGACAUAUUCCAUUAUUCGUGGGAAAUGAUGCCCCUAGUGCUGGUCAUACUAAACUACGCGGGAAAUGACCUCGAAGAAGCUUCGCGGAAAAUUGAUGAAGCAAACUGGGUGGUCCGACAGUGGCAGCUGUAUGAACGGUCUCUUUGCUCACUACUGGAGCUACAAGCACGCAAGCGGCCAAGCGUGUGCCGGCUACCACGGUGCGUGAUCACCCCAGAAUACGCGCCGCAUUGGUUCCCGUUACCGCUGGCUGCGAGGCAUUCCCCGCCGCCUGCGCACUUGUAGCAUAACGACACGGCACCGCGACUGGUGGUGCUAGACCCUACCGAGCCUUCCUCGGCAGCCUCGGAGGUCAUCGGUGACUAAGCGGCGACUGUGAUGCGACUGCGACUCGCGACUGGGCCAUCCCAGUACCAUACCAUAGUGUUAGAUCUGUAUAAACUUGUAGAUAACAUGUGUCAGUGACACAAAAUGUACCUUAUUUUAAUUUAAUUUUAAUUGCUUGACGCAAACUGGUUAACUAUUGAUGGUAGCUUUAUAACUAUGCUCAAAUAAGUAGAUUUUUAUUGAUUGCUUCACUGAAAUGACGAGAAAUGUAAAUGGUGUAAACAAAAAAAAAAGUCGUUUUUCUAUAAAUUCAGUGAAGAAAUUCAACAUCACAUCGAACAUCAUAAAAGCUAUCAAUACCGUAUUUCGAAUUUGAAUUUGGAAUUUUACUGAAAAAGUUUCAUUGGAGUACUUUUAAUACGGCAAUUACAAUAAAACCGAGCCGCCCUAGGGUUGAGGGUGACGCAGGCGGGCGGGACGAUCCGGGCGCCGCCCAGGACAUUGCGAGGCCUACUUGAAACUAUUGUGAUUGGAACUUGAAUUGCUAAGCCAUUAACCUAUGAAAUUUGGCCUGCAUGUCAUACCUACAAAAAGGUUUUGCUAUAUUUGUGCUUAAGUUACUUUAUUAGCAAUAUAGCAACAAAACUUAUUAUGAACCAUAAUGGCAAUUAUUGACUAUGACAGCUUAUAAUUUCUUGAUUUUUUUAAAUAUUAAUAUUUCUUUAAUAAAACCAUCGUGGGAUUAUUUAAUAGAGAUCUGUGAUCUAUGACUACUAUAGAACUACAAUAGCUCUACGGAAAAUAUGUCAAGAAACUUAACUAUUCAUAUCAGAUAAGACAUACGAGUCGCCGUUGUGAAAAUUUAAAGAAAACUAGUAUUUAAUACAAAAGUAAGUAUUUAUUUAUUUACAAUAAAUAAACAGAUUAACUUAAAGAAGCCUUUUUGAAGGACCCCAUCUGCGUGACUCUCAACUUAUUCUAAGCAAAAAUUUUCAAUUUAGGCGGUAUUUAUCUGUGAUUUAAUUUUAAUUGGAAUUAAAUGUACUGUUUAUACGGUGUACAAUCGUGAUCAAAAUUUAGGUUUAUUUGAUUAUUAAUUAACCACGCGAGUGUACAUUGUCUAUUGUCUAUUUUGUAUGGUCGAUAAGUUAAUAUAUAGAGGCUUAAAAUGGACAUGUAAAAUACUAAGUAUUUAGUAACCACACAUUGUUAACAAUUAUUUUGCCCUUACAGAAGUUAUUGUUUUAAAUGAGAAAAUUAAUUCUGAUUUCGCCCGUUCUCUGACCAUACAAAAAAUAGUUAAGGUUUAGCGUUAAACAUAUUUUUAAUUAACAUUUAUCACGUCAAUUUAUUCCAUCCAUGAUCUAAAUUUUCCGUCAUGAACUCCGUCAUAUUAGAAGAUCUCAAAUGAUGUUUUCAAAAUUUUACAAUGUUGCUAGUCAAUAAAUAUCACAUGGCCAGUGUUAAAAAUUAUUUUAUAGUGUAUCUAACAAAUCAUAACACCUUAUAGUUGCGUUGAAUUCAAAUUAAGAACUCUUUGUAUCAGUGUAUGUUAAAGUUGUUGCGUAAUGUACAGCAAAAUUAAGCAAAUAAAAACAUCUACUUUAAUUUAAAUUUACUUUUAAAACCCCUUAUAAUUACUAAAUACACAGUAGGUAAUUCGUACCAUGUCAAUUUAAAUUUGCAUCAGAGUACUAAUAUUAUAAGUAUAUUCAUUUGUCCGUAGAUUUGGUUUUAUUAAGGAACGUCAAAGAUAUUGGUUUUACAAGAUCAGAAGGCUUAUUACGGACGUAAAAUUACUUAAAUUUGACAGCUGUCUGCUUUAGGGAAAAAGUGUAAUAAGUCUAUAUUUUUAUUAUGCGUAAUUGGUGGCAUCUAUAUUACACCGACUUCUUCAUAAAAAGUAAUAAGUGUGCGCUCCUUUGACUAAUGUACUUUUCCGUCUCCUGUCAAAUUGUAUGCGCUACACACAGUACAGUUAGAUUAGUUUUCAGGAUCGAUUACAAAACAGCUAUACAUUUUCCUAACAGGAUAAAUUUCCAAAAUACUAACAUAUAUACAGUCGCCAUACUAUAAGGUGUUAUGAAUCUCAAAAUUUGUUGUCGUAAAUUUAUUUUUAGGUUGUGUUUUAAUUAUAGGAUCGAAAUUAUUUUAUAAAUGUGUACCUAAUCAAAAACUAAUAUACCGUUGGAAAUUCAAUAUUUUCAUAACAUUCGUAAUUUAACUGUUUCAUACGUUUGUACAUAUUUAUCAUAUUCUUCCAAUGUAUUUUCAUCAAAUGAAUCCUGUUUGAUAUUGAAGAUAUUAAUAUCAUGCGUAUUCUGAUGUGUACGUUGUCAAAUUACUGUGCAAAAACGAUGCCUGCCACACUAUGAAGCAACUUUUCAUAUUAUUUCGCGUAGCUCCCCUGAAAAUGUUCCUUUGAUUUGAAACUGAUUGUUUGAUUUUAUGUAACAGUGUUAAAAGUGUUAAUUAAAGUGAAUAUUGUACGUUUUUAUACACACCAAACAUUAACAAUUGACAAUGUCAUUUGAGACGCCAACUUUAAUAUGGUUAUGUUUAAAGGGGUAAGCAGUUCUGUGGCUUAGAUAUUGGGUUCGAUUCCCGGUCUAAUUGUAAAUUAAAUUUACAAUCUGUUCUCCGUCUAAGAACGUUUGAGGGGCUUAUUGUUCCCUUUAGCCUAUAGAAAAACCACUUAAUAGCAAGACCGCUUUAUUGUAGUAAAUCGUUUUUAAAAGUUUAAAGGUACAUACACAAAUUUGACAUUACAUUGACAAGUAGUAACAAACUUGUUACUAUAGUCUCCUGAUAAGGUUCCAAAAUAAACAUGCAGAUAAAUAAUCUUUCUUAAUUUAUGAAACACUAUGAAUGAAGAUAUAUGUGUUGUUGUCGAGUAUACCAGAUAUAUAAUGAAACAAUCAGUUUUAAUAUUUUGUUCACUACUUUUAAAUUCGUCAUCAGAACAAGCACCAAUUUGGUUAUAAAUCAUAACAUUGGUAACUACUUCAGCCUAACCGAGGUUUCUUAUUCUAAAGUAGUCGUAGAGGUGCGAGUAAUAUAUGUGUCUGUAGAACAAUGCGCUGCGACUCGUACCGAUUACGAUAAAGAACUUGGCCAUUAGACGUCCUUCAACGAACUGAUAGUCUAAUUAUAAAGCGGGAAUCCUAAUAUUUGUAAGAGUUUUGUAUAUUUUAAUUGUGAAACUGCAAGUUUUUUGCAUUCUAACUCAGUUCUUAUGAGAGUUUAAUCUAGAUUUUAUUUACAAAAUUUAGGUGUUCGGUAUAAAUUUAAAUUUUCCUAACGCAGUGUUUUCCAACCUUUCUUGUGUUCUUAUGAAAUAUUUAAAACUUAAUUCAUAAAAAGAAAUUAUUAGGAGAUUGUCAACAAAACGUAAGUUAAGAGCAGUGUUGGCCUAGUGGCAUCAGCGUGCGCAUUUAACAUUUGCUCGAACGGUGAAGGAAAACAUCGUAAGGAAACCGAGAUGUCUUAGACCCAAAAAGUCGACGUCGUGUGUCAGGCACUGGAGACUGACUUGUCAAGUCAAAUUUCAAAUAAUUUUAAUAAAUUUUCAAAUAAUUUAUAUAUAAAUAAAUAAUAAAAAAAUAGCCCCUUAAAUCUUAAUUUCCCCCCGUGAGGCGUGAGCCCAAAGUUGGGAAACACUGUCCUAACGUGUCCAUCUUCUAGAGAUACGAAUAAACCCCCUUAAUCAUAAAAAACUAAUAAGUUCUAUUCCACUAGGUACUUCAACUUAUGGCUCUUUUCAUAUAUAUUAUUACACAGAGAAUUAGUACUUAAGUUAAAGGUGUAUUUAUGAUAAAGGGUGGUUUUAAAUAUAAUUGUGUAUGGUCUUAUUCACAUUCACAGUUGUAUAGAAUUUUUUCGUCCAUAAAUGUCAACGCAUACAUUUUGUGAUAUUCAUUAUUUCUUUAUCGUGCUAUGUUACGCAUAACUAGUUAAUUAGUAUAGAUUGUAGCUGUUAAAGCCAAAGUUUUUAGUUGCUUGAAACUUCCAAGUCCAAAAUCUUGUAAAUAUAUUAUUCUGUCCUAAUCCUUUUGUGUAAACUAAAUCGGUUCAAUACAUUAUUUAAAACCCGUCUCCUUUCGUCCUAAAGAGACGACUCUUGACAGUGAUUAUUUAAAGGGAUUGAUUUAGUUUUAAAAAGGUAUUUACAAUAUAUGUAGAAUAAAUAUAGAAUAAGUAUGCCAUAUAACAAAUUUAAAGCAGAUAAUAACCACAGAUUCGUAUUUUGACAACAGAUAAUGUCAUAGAAAAAACAUCCAAAUAAAUUAUGCCAUUUGGCGAAGCCAUUUAUUUAAAAUUGCCAUAUCAGAAAAAUCUAAUUUCGGAUAUUUUUUUAAAUCUCGUAACGUAAAGGUUUUAAAAUUACAUUUGUUAUUAUCAAUGUUACAUUGUUAGAGUGAUAUGUAAGCUUAAUCUGUAAAUACCAAUUACUAUUCUUAAAUUAUUAUUAAGUAUUAGGUAUAUUUUACAGGUACCUAUAAAAAUGAUAUUAUUAUGUAUUUUCCUAUGUAUUCUCUUGGAAUAGAUUAAGAUAACCCUUUUUGCAAACUUGUGAACAGUAACGGAUUUAAAUAACUAUAUUGUAAAUGAGCGGUUUCGUUAGGUUUUGAAUUUCUUAAGCAAUGUUUUUAUAGUAAUAAUUCUGUAAUAAACAAUUUGGUGAUCGU